CCACACAGGUCUGGUUGGUAACCGCGGUGAUGGUGAAUAAUUGAGAGGGUACAGCCAGACAAAUGCAGAGCAUACAGGAAGAGCUAGACAGAGAGAAAGAAGGAUAAAAUAACAUUUUCAUAGACAUUAAACUAAAUUGUUAAACAUAUUAAACUUGUUGUUACCACCAGGAUACACCCAUUCACACAUUUACUAACACUUAGUCAUGGAGGUUGACGUGGAUGAAGAUGACGGGACUUUUAUUAACAUCUCACUGGCUGAUGAUUCAGUGAGAGUUGGAGACGGAUUUAAGAGCGAGCCAGGUGCCAGUGAGAGGAGAGAGAGCUGGACCUGAGUGCAGUCUGAAGGGGAACAGACAGCCCAUCGUUACAUACCAUUGGACCAGUGUAGCACCAUGAACUGUGACAUUGAUGGAGAUAUGGAGAAUCAAGUUGAACAAGAAGAGAAGACGAGACUCAUAAACCAAGUGCUGGAGCUUCAGCACACACUUGAGGAUCUUUCUGCACGUGUGGAUGCGGUGAAGGAAGAGAACCUUAAGCUCAAAUCGGAGAAUCAGGUUCUUGGGCAAUACAUCGAGAACCUUAUGUCUGCCUCCAGUGUUUUCCAGACCACCGACACCAAAAGCAAACGGAAAUAAGUGACCAUGUGGGUCAUGUCUGCGUAGUCUGUUCUCACUUCCUGACAUUCAACCUCUAAUAGCCAGUAAAUCUAAGCCACUGUUUAUUUAUUUAUUUAGUAUUUCGUUUUACAGUAUACUGAUGCAUAUAUUAGCAUGGCAUGGGUAAUACUUGAAUGGAAAAGUGUUAUGAGGUAUAAAAGGAUGCAUGAUGUAUUUUGUGAUUGGAUUAGUAGAAUACCACCACAAAAUGGUGUGGUAUAUACUGUCUGGCCAAAAAACAAGUCCCUGUUUGGAUUUAAAUAAGCAGAUACUUCAGAGCCUAUGAUUGAAUAUUUAUUGUAGUGAUUAAUAUGUUCAAGCUGGCAACAAUUCUUUUAACCCUAACUGAUGCAGUUUGUAGCUUCCCAUUUCUUAAACAACCAUGUUGGAAGAUGUAGCCCAUGGUCGUGGAAAAGAUGUUACUGUGUUUCAGAAGGGGCAAAUUAUUGGCCUGCAUCACGCAAAGAAAACAACUGAGAAGAAGGAGAUUGACGAAAUCACUGUAAUUGGGUUAAGAACUGUCCAACGCAUUCUUAAAACCUGGAAGGAUAGUGGUGAACCAUCAGCUUCGCAGAAGAAAUGUGGUCGGGAAAAAAAAUCUUGAAUGAUCAUGAUUGGAGAUCACUAAAACGCUUAAAGUCUCAUCGUAAAAAAUCGACAGUAGAACUCACGGCUAUGUUUAAUAGUGAAAGUAACAUUUCCACACACACAAUGUGAAGAGAACUUGCAGGAUUGGGACUAAACAGCUGUUUGGCACAAGAAAGCCACUUGAUAGUGAGGCUAAUCAGAAAUAAAUUACUUAAAUCUACUAGGGAGUAUGAAGAUUGGACUGUGGAGCAAUGGAAAUAGGUCAUGUGGUCUGAUGAGUCCAGAUUUACCCUAUUCCAAAUUGAUGGGCACGUCAGGAUAAGAAGGGAAGCGCAUGAAGCAAUGCACCUGUCAUGCCACUGUUCAAGCCUCUGGAGGCAGUGUAAUUAUCUGGGGUUGCUUCAAUUGAUCAGGUCUAGGCUCAGUAACAUUUAAGGGGCAAUAAAAGGAAGUCAGCUGACUACCUGACUGUACUGAAUGAACAGGUUAUCCCAUCAAUAGAUCCCCCCACCCCCCUGACUGCACGGGCAUAUUCAAGGACGACAAUGAAAGAAUCAAUGAAAGAUUCGUUGGGCUCAAAUUGUGAAAGUGGUUCAGGGAGCAUUAGGAAAUUAUUUUCACACAUGAAUUGGCCACCACAGAGUCCUGUCCUUAACCCUAUUGAAAGUCUUGGGAUGUGCUGGAGAAGACUGUACGGAGUGGUUCGACUCUCCCAUCAUCAAUACAAGAUCUUGGCCAAAAACUCUGGACUGAAAUAAAUGUUGUGACGUUGCAUAAGGUUGUCAAAUCAAUGCCACGACAAAGGCAUGCCGUAAUCAAAGCUAAAGGCAGUCCUUCAAAAUAUUAGAGUAUAUGCAACUUGUUUGGCAAGGCAGUGUAUUAUUGUUCAUGUGGCAGUUACAUCGUAACUUAAUCGACAUCUUUAACCUUUUCAAAUAUGAGAGAGACAAAGUCCGGUUUUGAAAAGUCUUAAAAUGGACUAAUACAUAAUAUUAUUUUUCUGUUUAUUACUAAAAGCAAGACUCUACAGCACAGACUCAUGCAAUGUGUAUUAUAUUGCACACUGAUAUGUUCCGAGAUAUACCAGUAUGCAUGAUAUCCCAUUACUUUUUUUUUUUUUAAGAGAAUUCUAUGAUUCUGAUCUAAUGUCGGUAAGAAGGAGGGUUCUCUAAAUAAGUGCUAAUAAUCGAAACUCGUCUCUCACCCAACCCAUAGGUCAUUUAACUUAAUCAAACUGCCUUAGAAAAAUUUUACAUUUUAAAGCAAUAUCCAGAUUCAAAACAACGUGAACUCUGUCCAUGCUGUCUACCAAAUAAAUGUUUUUUGACUUUGUCCUUCAGCUUUUAAAAGCAAACAAAAAUGUGAUGACAGUAAUGCAUUUACAAUAGAAGUAUAUGGGGCAACUGAUGUACGCUUGCCCCAUAGAUGUCCAUUAUACAGUAAGUGAAUAACUUGUGUCUAAAAGAAUCUUCUUGGUUCAAUCCAAGUUAAGCUUACCCGACAGUGUGUCAUAAUGUUGAUUUAUCAAAAAAGAAAAGAAAAAAAUAUCAAAGCAUCCCACAUAUAUAU